AUGGAUGUUGACAAUAAAGCUAAGUUAUAUAUUAAAGAUAAAAAAGUUGGAGAAGGAACCUAUGCUAUUGUUUAUUUAGAAACAGGUCGGCAAUUAUCUACAAAUAGGAAAGUAGCUAUUAAAAAAAUAAAAAUUGGUCAAUUAAAAGAGGGUCUUGAUAUAUCUGCAAUCCGUGAAGUUAAAUUUCUCCGAGAAAUUAAACAUGAAAAUAUUAUAGAGCUUAUUGAUGUAUUUUCAUCAAAAAAAAAUUUGAACUUAAUUCUUGAAUUCCUUACAUCUGAUCUUGAAAUAAUUAUUAAAGAUAAGUCACUUGUUUUCUCAUCUUCUGAUAUAAAAUCAUGGUUGCUUAUGACAUUACGUGGUCUACAUUAUCUUCAUUCGUACUUUAUUCUUCAUCGUGAUCUUAAACCAAACAAUCUUCUUAUUGACGUAAAUGGUGUUCUUAAAAUUGCUGAUUUUGGACUUGCAAGGGAUUUUGGAAAUCCAUACGUGAAUAUGACUAGUCAAGUUGUAACACGUUGGUAUCGUUCUCCAGAAUUGCUUUUUGGUGCAAAAUCAUAUGGCACUGGUGUUGAUAUAUGGUCUAUAGGCUGCAUAUUUGCAGAACUUAUGCUUCGUACACCAUAUCUUCCAGGAAAUACAGAUGUUGAUCAACUUGAUACUAUUUUUCGAGCAUUAGGAACACCAACAGAUGAAGAUUGGCCAGGAAUGCGCCAACUUCCAGAUUUUGUAGAAUUCAAGCAAUAUCCAAAACCUGCACAUCAUAGAGAUCUUUUUACCGCAGCAGGUGAAGAAGAGCUUCAUUUAUUAGAAUGGUUACUAUUAUUUGAUCCAUUAAAACGUCCAUCUGCAAAACAAGCUCUCAAAAGUAAGUAUUUUUCUAGUUAUCCACGACCAACUCAUCCAUCACAAUUGCCAAAAAGAAAAAUUAUUGAAGGAAAUGAAACAGAUUUUAAUAAUUUUAAACAAGAAUAUGAAAAUAUGAACGAUAUAGAAUUUGAUACAAAACCUAUUGCACGUAAACUUGUUUUUUAA